UAAUAUUCGAAAAUUAAUGCUGGCGGCAGCAAAGCCAAUUGCAGCAGCAGCCAGCCAGCCACGUGCAAGUUAUCAAAGAAUUGAAAUUAUUCUCAAUAUCCCAAUUAGGUACCUGCGAGGCGACAAAAAGAGCAGAUCAGCUCUUAUAUUAAGUAGUAAAGUAAUUUGACUUCAGAAGUGUCCGAGUUGAGCAGCCCUGAGUGAUAGCGGCGUUAGGCGGCGGACCCGGUUUGAAUGAUAAAACCCCAACCGACCCGGUUCUUAAGUUUAACUGUUUAAGAAUAUAGGGUUUAGCGGAUAAUGCCCUAAGGUAUGAAGGAACAUCAAUGGCGGAUGAUGUAAUGAUUAAACAAGAACAACUUACUAGUAAUCCCUGCUGUAUUACUUGGAAAGAUAAGUACAUUAAAUUGAAAGAGGGCUACACCAAGCUUGAAGAGCGAAGAAAUGCUCUUCGUAAAGGUCUCUCCAUUUACGAACAACAAGUCAAAAAAAUGCAAUCCGAAAAUUUGUCUCUCUCGAAAGCUGUUGAUGAUGAGAAACUUAGGGCAAAUAAUGAAAAGGAGGAAAAGGUAAAGGAAUCUGCUUUAAGGGAUUCUUUAGAGAGUGAAGUUGCUCGGUUGAAGAAUGAGAUUCUUUCCUUGAAGAAAAAUGAUGGGGGGAGAGAAAUUACAGAGCUUAAGGAGCAUCUCUCUCAGAGGGAAACCAAGGUAAAUGAGCUCAACGAGCUUCUUGAGAAAGAACGACUAAGAGCAGACUCGGAGAAAAAGAAGGCUGACUUGGCGAGGAAAAAGGCUGACGACUUGAGGACAAAAUGGAAGGCUGAGAAAACAAGGGCUGAUGAAGAGAGGAGACUUGCUGAUGUUGAAAGGAAAAGAGCCGAAGGAAAUAGACUUAAUUUGGAAAAUCUGAAGAAGGAAGCUGAUCAAGUGAAAUCAAAGUUAGCUUCGGUGACUUUGGAGUUUGAAGAUGCUAAGAAGAAGCUUGAGGCAGAAAGAGAAAACACAUCUAAAGAGAGAAAACGUGCAGAUGCAGCAGUGAUGAAAGCUGCUGACCAAAAAAAGAUUGCAGAAACCGACCGCAAGAUGGCCAUGGAUGAAAAAAGUCGUGCUACUGAUCUAUAUGGGCAGCUGGAACAGGAUAGACAAGAGAUUGAUAAUUUGAAGAAGGAGAUUAGUGAACUCAUGGCAUCUGGUAAAAUGGUUAACAUCGUACCUUGUGAAGGGACAACUCUUGGAACUGCUCAAUUAUCAUCUGAGCUUGGUCCAGGUGAUGUGGAGAGAGAUGUUACCAUGGUAGAUGUAACUCUGAAUUCUGGUGCAGCCCAAAAAAGGAUCCAAGACAUGGAACAGAAGCUGCUGGUUGAGAAAAAGCGUGUGAAAUCAGAGAUGAAAAAAAAGGAGAACCAAAUCAAGGCUGCAGAAGCAUGUAAAAAGAAGGCAUCAGAAGAAAAAGAUCGUGCUGAUCAGCUAUCUGAAGAGGUUGAAAAUUACAGAAAAAAGUUUGAUGAACUGCAGAAGGAAACUGAAAAGCUAAUUUCUGCAAGGUCUUUUGUUGAUUGUCCUCUUCGUGCAUAUGAUAGUAAUGUACAUAUUGAAACUGCUAAAGGUAAGCUGUUGAAGAAGCAAUUGAAGUUUGAAAAGAGGCUGGUAAAGCAUGCCAAAGAAGUAGCCAAGUUUGAAAAAACCCGUAAUUAUAUACUACAGCAAAAUCUACUUAGCUUAAAGCAGGAGUUUGUUCACUUCUCAAGACAUCUAAAUAUAUUGGAUGGUUGCUUCUUUCAAGGUGAUGAGCAUGACCUGGAAAAGGUUUGCAGCUUCAACCUGAAAAGCAAUUAUUCUGGUUUUGAAGCUUUUGAUACGCACUGUCAUCUUGGAAAUGAUACUUUGCAAUUAGCUGCUGUUGUGUCUGAUCCAUCCGAGCAAAAGAUAAAUUGUAGUGUCCCUUCGCUUCCUGUAUUUGGAGGGAACAACCCUGGAUCAAUAUAAGGAUGGUUUUGCCAAGUAAUGUGUCAUCUUGUCAAGUAACAAUAAAGAGAAUAGCAUUUCAAGUGUUUACCGUGCUACCAGCAGUUGUCUUGCUCAAUGCCUACAUCAGGAGAUACUUCUCUUGGGAGUAUUUUGGUCA